AUGACACGCGCAUCACGCGUCGCGGCUGGGUCCGCCUUCCUCACCGCUCUCUACCUUCUUGCCUUCUUCACGUAUAUCCCUGUUCCGUUCGUGGAGGAGAAGACGGCGGGCGAGAUCUUGCCUGUGGUGCCAUGGUGGCUACUAGUAUCAUUUGGAUCAUACGCAUUAUACUCUAUGGGUCAUGGCCUGUACACCUUCCGCGAUGCGGACGAAGCGUACACAGAACUGCUCAGCGAAAUAUCACAAGCGAAGGAGGAUCUGCGGGUCAAAGGCGUAUCCGUAGACUAA